UCAACCGUACUAUAUAUUAUGGUGCAUUUCAAAAUAUUUAAUUUUCAUCAAUUCAGCUGUCAAUCCAGUAAUUUAUGGAGUAACAAACGAAAGAUUUCUAAAAGAGUUUAAAUCGACCAAGAUAGCUCAAUGGAUGUGUGCAUCAUGUAUGAAACAAUCGGCAGCUAAAUCAACUCAUAAAAAGAAAUCAGGCCGAUCAGAACAGAAUAUUAAUCAGAAAAUAUUUCUUAUUUUUAAAAGAAAACAUAAUCCACAUCUCGCAGAAGAUCCAGAACCCGUACUUUCUACUAAAAAAACCAUAAACACUCAUCUUUAAAUAGUCAAUUAUGCAUAAUAUUUAAUAAAUAAUUUUAUAAGUCAAUGUUGAUAUUGUUUUAAUUCUAUACAAUAAUUAUUAAGAUCGCCAAAAACAGCUCAUUUUGGAAAUCUACGCUCUGUGAUAAUUAUGUAUUAAAAAACAUUGUUUUGAGGAAUUCUUUCAAAUCAUAAAGUUUUUGAGGAAGCACACAAAUUAGCUUUGCUCACAUAAUGGUACGUUGUUUAAUAUGUUUAUUACAAUUUUCAAAGUUGAAAAAACUAUUUAUACAUUAUUGGCGUUGGCAUAAGAAGAAUAAAAUUAUCCAUAAAUUGUUAGAAGCAAGUGCAUGCAGUUUAAUAAAAUUUCAUCAAACGACCAAACGACUGGUAAAAAGUGAUCUUAAAAAAUGUUGUAAAAAAUAUAAUACAUUUAAUAUUAAAGAUUUACCAACAGAAUCUUUAGUACUCAGUGAAAAUAUUAGAAUAUUUUGUGGACAAGACGAAAUAAUCCGAAUUGGUGAUAAUAAACAUAGUGUUAAACUAUCUUUUGAAGAUGAUCAAAAUGAAAGUAAAGAAAUAUGCUGCCUUGCCAUUAAGGAUUUGGAAAGUAUAGCAGAAUCAAGUCAUAAAAAACUGACUGUGAAUAAAAAUAAACUAAGGAAGAAGAAAAUAAUAAGAAAAAAGAAAAUCGAUAGUGAAGAUAUAGUAGUAAAAAAGGAACCUAUUUUUGAAAUUCAUGACACAAAAUUGAAAGAACAGGUAUCUCCAGUGAUCUUUGAAAAUGGUAAUGAAACAUAUGAAAAAAAUGAAUCAAGACUUGUCACAUCUGAUACUGAAUCAUGUUCAGAAACUAGUAAGAAUUCCAAGAUAGAAGAUUCCAAAUUGUUUUGUCCCAAAUGCGGUAGUGGUUAUAAAACUGAAAAUGAGCUAUCUGAACACUUGUAUAUCCAUGAACCUUUUUGUCGACUAUGUAAUACUUGGUUCCCAGAUGAAUUCAUUUUUAAGCAACAUAUGCAACUUCAUAAAAUAAGAAUUUUUGCUUGCCAUCUUUGUAGUGCAGAAUUUGCAUUUAAAGAAAUGUUAUUCAAACAUUUCGACUGUCAUGCAGAGGACAGAUUGUUUGAUGAUAUUUUAGAUAUGGAACAGGAAUAUAAAACAUUUCCGUUUAGUUUUGUUAAUAACAAUUAUAAUACCAGCAUAAACAGUAUUUUGUGUUACCUGAAAGAUAGGCCAAAUUAUUAUUACUAUAACUAUAAAUUCAUGAAAACCAUCUGUGAUAUUUGUUACAAAGAAGUAUUAGUUCCUGAAUACGAAGCUCAUUUACAGAUAUUUCAUAGUUAUUAGUCUUGGAUAAAGAUAUAUGUAUACUGAAAUAUACAAAAAAAAUUGGGAUUUUCUAAUUUACAUUCUCGAGAUAAUUAAAAUGUUUUUUGAUAUUUUUAUAUAUUUGACUUAUUGAUUAUUUGUUGUUCGACUGAUUUUUCCAAUUUAUCAGCAUUUUCUCUUCUCAUUUUUCUUUGGUUCUAAUAAUUAUUUUCAGCAUUUUCUUGAUUCACCAACCCAGGUUCCUCACUUUGCAGAUUUUAGCAGAAUGUAUUUGGUAACAGUUAUUUAAACCUAUUGUUUUCUAUUUAGAUUUAUUUAUUGUUUAUUGACAAUAAGAAACAGCACUAUUUCUGCUGCAGGUUAAAAUCGAUCUUUUAGGCAAUAUGGAUGUUGAAUGAAAUCUCUAAUAAUGAAAAUUUCAUUAUGCCAAUUAGUAGGAGCCUUAAAAAUGAGAGGAGAGAAUCCUUCAAAUAUUUUUUUUAAUUUAAAAAAAUAAAAUUAAUGUUCAUUUGAAAUGUAUAAGUUAAGACUGGCAAUAUUUUAACUACGCUUUGAGUAUCUUUAUAGCACAUUGAUUACUUCAAAUCGAAAUCACUGCUCCUAUAAACAGGGCAUUUAAAUUUCAGUUUUGAGAUUAAGAAUGUGAAAAAUUACAUUAAUAUAUAAAUAAAAUAUUAUAUCCCAUAAUAUGGAGAAGAAAUUAAAAUAGUUUAUAUGGUGGUUUUCAAAGAACAAAAUUUUAAUUAGAAAUUGUAGCCUAUAAUAGAGCAAAAGAAAUUUCCAAGCACCACCAAAAUAAAUUCCUGUCCUAUUGUUUAUUAUGAUUUUAUUUCAAUUACAUUAAAGAUAAAUGGUUACAGUAUAUUAGAGUUAAAUAAAUAAGAGAAUCAAAAUUAUUAUAUGUUAGGAUUCAAUUCAUAUUAAAAAGUAUUCUUUUUUUGGAAAUCACUACUCUAUUUAUCACAAAUUUUGAUACUUCAUACUUCAGAAAUUUCCAAGUAUUAAUUUAAUUGGGUUAAAAAGUAAUUUGCAUAUAUUUUUAUUAUGUUUUAGUAACAAAAUGUUUAUAAGAGCUGUGCUUUCACUUUCAAUAUUUAUUUUUGUUAGAAUAGUCAAUAUAAAUUUUUGUUUAAUAUUUUUUUGAUUGAUAUUAAGUUUUGAUAUUUUUUUAUUUGUACUGACUAACAAGAAAACUGUUAAGACUUGAAUGUUGAUUUUUAUAAGAAUAUAUUUUUGAGUUACUUAAUA